AUGCCAUUUCCUCCUCCCCCAUACACACGCAUAGCGCCCAACGCCAACCGCGACUCAAACGCCCGCCCACUCCCAGUGCCCGGCGCUGCUUCUCUUGCCCCCACAUCCCCUACUAUCGAUACCACCUUCGAUACCACCCCAUCCCCGCUCAAUCCGUUCUACGACGCUGCGAGUCCCACCUCUAUCCGUGGCCCACCGCCACCUUUCAGCGUGUACCAUCACAGGCCGACGCUGAACGAUCUCCCACAGCAUGUGCUCCUCCAAGUCAUCUACACAGUCGUCGACCCCGACCUUCCAGAAGAGUCCUACCGUUGGGGUCUGUACUGGCUCGCAGUGAGCCUCCGACUCGUUUCACGGAACUGGUACACUGCAUGCAUGCAUGUCCUGCGCUCUGCCUAUCUUCCGGCCUAUGUCUCCCACAUCCGCCCACCGUACAGCGCUAACCCGUACCCCCUCUCCUCCCCCGCAUCCCUGUACGCCUCCACCUACUCCUCUUCCUCCGGUCCCUCCCUCCCCGCACUGGCCGAAGAUGCUCAGCGCGAAACUGCAGUGCUCGACAUGUUCAUCGCAUUUCAAGUCCGGCAGAACGUCCUCCGGGACGAGAGCGAACUGCACCUCGAGGCCGGACAUGAGGGGGUCAAGGACCUCUUCGAGCUCUUACAGCCGAGAGCGAGGAUGGAGGACCUCGUACGCAAGUACGCCCUCCGCGCUGGGGUCGUGUCCGUCGGUACGAACGGACCUGUUGGGAGGGACAAAAUACCCUUCCGUGAGCUGUCUGUCAACUUUAGCAGCCGAAAGGUUGGACUUGUGAGGAGUGUUGGGGGGAGGAAACGGAUUAUCGCAGAAGUGGGAAGGGAGAGGAUGGAGAGCCUGGAAAGUGCGGCGAAGCGGAUCGUCGGCGAGCUGGUCAAGGGUAUGGACGUGAUCCGUUGAAUACUCAUCGGCGGUGCGGUCCUGUGAGAGAUCCGCGUAUGCGAGGAUUGAUCGGUGCCGUGCAGGGACUGAGUUCGGCGCUUGAUAUUGGCCACGGAGGUUGCCGUUUAGUGUACGUUCAUAUUUCACUCUUUUGGCGGAUGUACUGUAUGUAUUACACAUGAGAUAUGAAAUGCCUCAGCCUGUGUUGAUUUUCGGGCUGUACUCCACG